AUGGAAUUAGAUGAGAAUAACCAAAAUAAUGCUGAGGUAGAAAUAUCUUUUUUUACAAGAUUAAAGGAAGAUAAAUAUAGCGUCCCAAGGGGUACAUUUAUAGUUUUAUCUGAAAUAACAAGAGCAGGUUUAUCUGAACUUCUAAAUCAAUUGUUAGAUUUGGAAAGUCAUGUAAUAUUUGAUUUUUUAGUAGAUGGCAUAUUUUUACGGGGUAGUUUAGCUGACUAUCUAACUUCAUGUGGAAAAACAAGUGAAUCAAUAUUGAAAGUAGAAUACAUUUUAGCUAUAGGUAAACCUAAUACAAUAUUAAUUGAUGAAAAUAAUGAUUGGAUCCGCAAAGUAAUUAAUGGUUUAAAUACAGAUUAUCCAGUUGUAAUAACUAGUAGUUAUGAUGGUAUAGUAAGAUUUUAUAAAAGUAAUAAUUUCAAUUUACUCAAUACAAAGAACAAGAAUUUAAAGUUGGAUAUUAAAGAUCAAGAGAACUGUCCAAUAAUGGAAUUUAAUACGAAAGAUAUUUGUGGUCAUUGUACGACAAUCUUGUCCAUGGCAACUUAUCCAUCUAAUGACUCUGAUUACUCAAAACUAUGGUUUUCAACAAUGGAUGGAGGUAUUAUUGGAAUUGAUUACUUAUUAGGACCUGAUAAUGAAAAAAAUAACUUCAAAGUUAGGUUCUAUCAGCCAGAAGCUUGUAAUGGAUCAAUAGAGGCUUUAUCUCCAAUAACAUCUGAAGGAUCUUUAGUUGUUUGUGGUAGUCAAAGUGGUGAUAUGCAUCUAUUAUCUUCAACUGAUCCCACUCAUAGAAAUAGUGAACAGAUUGAUACUUAUUUGCAAUUAGAAGAAUUAUUUGAAUUGAGGGUUCAUAAAAGUUCUAUAUCAGAAAUAAUAUCUGUAGGUGAUUAUGUAAUCUCAUCUAGCUUGGAUGGAACUCUUAAGAUUGUUCAAAUACCCAGGGGAGUUAUAAUAUCAGGAUGGGAUACUAAGGCUUCAGUUACUUCUCUUUCAAUUAAAGACAACCAUUCUUGUGAUAUUAUUUGUACUUCUCACGAUGAUGGUAAAGUAAGGAUUUGGGACUUAAGAGCUGGAGCAACGAGUCAACUAGAUAUAAAUAAUUCAUCAAAUAAAAGUAUGGCAUCAAUAGACAAUAAUACAAGGUUAAUUCAAAGAAGUGCAUUAAAUGCUCAUAGAAGACUGAUUUCACAGUUAAAGUGGAAUCCUUUAAGUGAUUAUAUGCUUGGAUCUGUAUCACACGACUUUAACUUAAAAAUUUUAGACAUUAGAUCUCCUCUGGUACCACUUCAGUCUGUUGAUACAAAUGAAAAACUCUUGACUUUAUCUUGGAGUGAUAGUAAGACAAUAUACACAGGUGGAUCUUCAGGUAAACUCUUAAUGCAUUCAUUCUAUACAAUAUAA